CUCCUCAGACUGGAGCUUUAUUUCAAAGACACAAAGCAGUUGAUGCAGGAUCUUCAUCAGUUUUACAGCUUUUAAGAUCCUCUACAUGGAAUAAGACCUAUUUAAACAGAAACAACAAAACUGAUUCUUGGAUAUCACUAUGGCAACCAGAUCCUACAACCACCCAUGGCUUUGCCUAAGUUGUGCCUGGGUUUUCUGGGUCACAUUAGCUAUCAGCAUUUCUGUAACUUGGUGUGAAAAGCUGAUUAACACACCGGAGAUUUCUGCAAACUGUGGGGAUACCCAUACCUUGAUUUGCCAUGUCACCCAAUCAAUGAUAAGAGAUGCAAUAAUUAAAACCUUUCAAUGGGAAUUCGAAACUACAGCGCUGUGUAAAAUCAACCAGAAUUACUCCAACAGCAGCAUCCAGUGUGAAAACACAAAAACGACAUCUGGUCAGAAUCUCACUCUGACCAUCUUCAACAUAGUCCCUAAGAAUGAGGGAGUUUACCUCUGUAAAAUACGCACAACGCAAGGAGCAUACUCUGAUCAGAGCCACAUUAAAGUUAAAGAAUGUCAUGGAAAUUCUACUCUGUCCAUCGAUAACAACACUGCCACAUGCUCCUUUGACCAAUUUUAUCCCAGUGGUGUAGUCCACUGGUACCAGGGAGACUCAAACCUAACAGAAGGCUCCAAAAUGGAAACAAAGCAGGAAGAUAAUGGGUUUUACAAAAUCCAAAGUGAACUUUCAAUGGAAAAAGGGAACUACAGCCAACCUUACAACUGCUCGCUGUGGAUUCCUUCUAUGAACACGUACGUCUCCAGCCAACUGGUUGUGUCAUCGAGCAACAAAGGUCACCUUCCGCCAAUCUGCAUUAUGGCGGUGAUCUUGUUGAGGAUCUUUAUCAUGUGAGAGGAAAUGUUGUAACUGGAAUUCAACUGCGAUGAAAAUGAGCCAGAGUUUGAGAUAUGCAGUUAUUAAUUGUUAGUGAUUUAUGUUUUGGGGUCUAUUUUUUGUUUUGUUAUAGUAUGUUUUCUUUGGUGGUGUUAAAAAUUAAGGGGAAUAUAUAUACCGUAUGGGGAAUAGAUGCUCAUAAUAAAAAACUAAAGAAAGAGAAGGUUAUGUUAAUGACUAGCUGAAAUAGUAUUAGCACUUUGUUAAAACUAUAUAACAUGACUCUCCACUUGAUGGCAGCAAUGCCCCAAUGUUCAGUAAAUUAAAAAGAAUGCAGAACACUUUGACUUAACUGAAUCAUCACAUUUUAGAUGUCUUCCUAUUCUUGGUGUAGCUUUUUUUUUAUCAAUGCCUACCAUGUACAAAACAAUCACAGCCAAAUGCUGUGAAAAAGUACUUCCUCCCUUACAGAUUCCUACCCUUUUGUUAAACGGUCCAAUUAAAGAUUUUACAACAUCUAGCAUGAUAAAAUUAGAUAGAGAUAAGAGAUAACCAGACUUAAUUAAAAAAGCUGUUUCUAUAGGCUAAUUUUAAAUCUUAAAUAAAAAUUCUCACUGUAUUCAAAGUUUCCUCCCUUGUUAAAUUAGGUAUUUACUGAGAUUUGUCAUUUAUUAAUUUUGUCAGCUUUCAUUAGGACUUUUUGACUAUUGUUUGACCCUAUAGAAUUAACACUUCUCUUAAACUGGUCAUCUCUAAAUAACUAUAGUUAAUUUUUGCCUGUUGUCAAAUUGUGUUUAGUGUGGGGAUGGAAGAAAAAAAAAAA